GUGGACAAUUCCUCUCUCACUGGAGAGUCGGAACCACAAACCCGCUCACCAGAAUUCACAAACGACAAUCCGUUGGAGACUCGAAAUAUCGCGUUUUUCUCUACAAACUGUGUGGAAGGGACGGCACGGGGCCUGGUGAUCUUCACGGGGGAUAGGACGGUGAUGGGCCGUAUAGCCACGCUGGCGUCGGGGCUGGAGGUGGGCCAGACCCCCAUCUCCCUGGAGAUUGAACAUUUCAUCCACAUCAUCACCGGCGUUGCUGUCUUCCUGGGCGUCUCCUUCUUCGUCCUGUCGCUGAUUCUGGGCUACACCUGGCUGGAGGCCGUCAUCUUCCUGAUCGGCAUCAUCGUGGCUAACGUUCCCGAGGGAUUACUGGCCACUGUCACGGUCUGCCUGACCCUGACGGCCAAGCGCAUGGCGCGGAAGAACUGCCUGGUGAAGAACCUGGAGGCGGUGGAGACGCUGGGCUCCACCUCCACCAUCUGCUCGGACAAGACCGGGACCCUCACCCAGAACCGCAUGACCGUCGCCCACAUGUGGUUCGAUAACCAGAUUCACGAGGCUGAUACCACCGAGGACCAAUCAG